CCAAAACCACCCAGAUGAUCCGAACACUCCCCCCCGUCUAAUGCUGACAUAAAGUGCUGCUGUUCGAGGACAGCCCGUCACUGUUUUGUUUUUGUUUUUUUGGAUGCGCCAUGCAUUCCCCUUGGCGGAGUUGUGGCAUUCGGCUGGUGGCGUGGACUUGGACCUGGAGCGUGGCGUUGCUCGGUGCCUGGUGCACGCCGGCAAAUGAAGUGAACCUGCUGGAUUCUCGCUCUGUGAUGGGAGACCUAGGAUGGGUGGCUUAUCCUAAAAAUGGGUGGGAAGAAAUUGGAGAAGUAGAUGAGGACUAUGCCCCCAUUCACACCUACCAAGUGUGUCGUGUCAUGGAGCAAAACCAGAACAACUGGCUGCACACCAACUGGAUCCUGACUGAAGGUGCCCAGCGAGUAUACAUUGAGCUCAAGUUCACCCUGAGAGACUGCAACAGCCUGCCUGGAGGGGUCGGGACAUGCAAGGAGACUUUUAACAUGUAUUACUAUGAAACGGAUGGCGAUGAGGAUGACAUGGAUGAUGGAGGGAUGAGGGAUGGUGUUGGAAUGACUGAGGAGGAAGACAGGGCAAUGAAAGAGAACAGAUACAUCAAAGUUGACACCAUAGCCGCUGAUGAAAGUUUCACUGAGCUGGACCUGGGGGAUCGCGUGAUGAAGCUCAACACAGAAGUCCGUGAUUUAGGACCUCUGACCCGGAAAGGCUUCUACUUGGCGUUCCAGGAUUUAGGAGCCUGCAUUGCUUUAGUCUCAGUGCGGGUAUUCUACAAACGCUGCCCGUUCUUGGUAAAGAGUCUGGCGGAGUUUUCUGACACCAUCCCAGCCUCGGAGGCUUCACAGCUGGUGGAGGUGGUGGGUCGCUGCAUCAAUAACUCGGUGCCUUUGUACGAGCCUCCACGGAUGCACUGCAGCACAGAGGGAGAAUGGCUGGUGCCCAUUGGGAAGUGUGUUUGCAAGCCAGGGUUUGAAGAGCUCAGUGGAUCUUGUCAAGUGUGCAAAGUGGGCUUUUACCGCUCUCAGCUGGAGUCCUCAGACUGCAGUAAAUGUCCACCUCACAGUGUGGCAAGGCAGGUGGGAGCCACGAGUUGCAGCUGUGAAGAUGGAUACUAUAAGAUUGACUCUGAUCCUACUAAUAUGGCUUGCACACGACCACCUUCUGCACCACGCAAUGCCAUUUCCAACGUCAAUGAAACCAGUGUCUUUCUGGAAUGGUCCAUUCCCAAGGAGAUGGGCGGCAGAAAGGAUGUGGGCUACAAUAUCCUAUGCAGACAGGUUUUGCCGGAUGGUAGGGGGUUGGAGGAGUGUGGCCCGAACGUACGCUUUUUGCCACGCCGAAUUGGCCUGUCGAACACCUCAGUGAUGGUUGCCGACUUGCAGUCGCACACAAACUACAGCUUCCUGCUGGAGGCCAUCAACGGGGUGUCAGAGCUGGCCAAAGACUAUGCUAAGCAGUACGUGACACUUAACGUCACCACCAAUCAGGCAGCACCCUCCCCUGUAAGUGUGGUGAGGAAAGGACACACAGGGAAGAGCAGCAUUUCCCUUUCCUGGGCAGAGCCCGAUCGUCCCAACGGCAUUAUUCUUGAGUACGAGAUAAAGUAUUUUGAAAAGGAACAGGACUCAAGUUAUACUAUAAUAAAAUCCAAGGAAACAGAAAUGGUAGUGGAAGGUCUGAAACCAUCUUCCAUGUACAUCUUUCAGGUACGAGCCCGGACGUCAGCAGGUUAUGGUGCAUUUAGCCGACGGUUUGAAUUCCAGACAAGCCCUUACUGUGAGUACCUAACCGCCACCAGUGAGCGUGCUCAGGCUUCGAUAAUAGCAGUGGCCAUCACUCUGGCUCUGGUUCUACUGGCAGUGGUGGCUGGAUUCCUGCUCAGUGGACGGCGAUGUGGCUACAGCAAAGCAAAACAGGAUCCAGAGGAGGAAAAGAUGCACUUUCACAACGGUCACAUCAAAUUCCCUGGGGUGCGGACAUACAUUGACCCUCUUACCUAUGAGGACCCCAACCAGGCAGUGCAUGAAUUUGCACAGGAGAUUGACGUCUCAUUCAUCUCGAUUGAAAGAAUCAUCGGUGCUGGGGAAUUUGGUGAAGUAUGCUGCGGGCCACUGAGGCUGCCCGGGAAACGGGAGAUCCAAGUUGCCAUCAAGACUUUGAAAGCAGGCUACACAGAGCAGCAGCGACGUGACUUCCUUUGGGAGGCUUCAAUCAUGGGCCAAUUUAACCAUCCAAACAUCAUCCGUCUGGAGGGGGUCGUCACCAAGAGCAAGCCUGUGAUGAUCAUCACUGAGUACAUGGAGAAUGGAUCACUGGACACCUUCCUCAAGAAAAAUGAUGGCCAGUUCACAGUAAUCCAGCUGGUUGGGAUGCUGAGGGGCAUUGCAUCUGGCAUGAGAUAUCUGUCGGACAUGGGCUACGUCCAUCGAGAUCUUGCAGCGCGCAACAUCCUUGUCAACAGUAACCUCGUGUCCAAAGUGUCUGAUUUUGGUCUGUCCAGAGUCUUGGAAGAUGAUCCAGAGGCUGCUUACACCACUCGGGGUGGGAAGAUUCCCAUUCGCUGGACAGCUCCUGAGGCAAUCGCAUACAGGAAGUUCACCUCAGCAAGCGAUGUGUGGAGCUAUGGGAUUGUCAUGUGGGAGGUGAUGUCAUACGGAGAGAGACCUUACUGGGAGAUGUCCAAUCAAGAUGUAAUAAAAGCAGUGGAAGAGAAUUACAGGUUGCCAGGUCCCAUGGACUGCCCGGAGGCCCUGUACCACCUAAUGAUGGACUGCUGGCAGCGGGAACGCACCAACCGCCCAAAGUUUGAUGAGAUUGUUUGUCUACUUGACAAACUUAUUCGCAACCCCAGCUCUUUAAAAAAGUUGGUCAACUCCUCACACAGGGUUUCCAACUUGUUAGUGGAGCAUGCGAGUGCAGAUGGAGACUGCUGCAAUCGAACCAAGACAGUUGGAGAGUGGCUUGACUCGAUCAAGAUGGGCCGCUACACAGAACUCUUUAUGGAGGGAGGCUACUCCUCCCUGGAAACAGUAGCUCAGAUGACAUCAGAAGAUCUGAGAAGAGUAGGAGUGAACUUGGCUGGACACCAGAAAAAAAUAAUCACGAAUAUUCAAGAGAUGAGAGUCCUUAUGAACAACGCCAACUCUACUAUAAACAUCUGAUGCAUUUGUACAGGCAUGCAAGCACUUCUAUACAUCCAUAUGCACUCUUCCCUAAAACGAUAAACAAAAAAAAUCAAAAACAAUAAGUGGACCUAGCAUGUAAUCAAAGAAUUGU